AUGUUAAAUAUAUGGGGAGUCAUCUUAUACUUGAGGUUACCAUGGAUCACAGCCCAGGCAGGAAUAGGACUCACUUGGUUGAUUAUUUUAAUGUCUGUGCUGGUGACAUCUAUCACAGGCUUGUCCAUUUCUGCCAUUUCCACAAAUGGAAAAGUAAAGUCAGGUGGAACUUAUUUCCUCAUCUCUCGAAGCUUGGGCCCCGAACUAGGAGGCUCCAUUGGACUCAUCUUUGCCUUUGCUAAUGCAGUUGCAGUUGCCAUGCAUACAGUAGGAUUUUCAGAAACUGUACGGGACCUCCUCAUAGAAUACAAUGCUGUAAUUUCUGACCCAGUCAAUGACAUCAGGAUUAUUGGAGUUAUAACUGUGACAGCUCUUCUCUUCAUAUCAUUAGCUGGAAUGGAAUGGGAGGCAAAGGCACAAAUAAUAUUCUUUAUUGUCAUCAUGAUAUCAUUUGCAAGCUACCUGGUGGGCACAGUCAUGCCUGCUAGUGAAGAAAAACAAUCCAAAGGUUUCUUCGGCUACCAAGGAUCAAUAUUCAUGGAAAACAUUGUUCCUAACUGGAGAGGGGAGGCUGGAACAUUCUUUGGCAUGUUUUCCAUCUUCUUCCCAUCUGCUACCGGAAUCCUAGCAGGAGCUAAUAUCUCAGGAGAUCUAAAGGACCCAGCAGUGGCCAUUCCCAAAGGAACACUAAUGGCCAUAUUUUGGACUACAAUCUCCUAUCUUGCGAUUUCUGCGACCAUAGGAUCUUGCGUUAUCCGUGAUGCCUCUGGCAACCUGAAUGAUACCAUACCAAUUAAUGAGACAGACUGUGAAGGACUAAGCUGCCAGUUUGGUUGGAAUUUCACCUCCUGCAAAGAGACAGAAAGCUGCUACUAUGGACUGUCAAAUCACUAUCAGGCAUUGAGUUUGGUGUCAGCGUUCAGCCCAUUGAUCACAGCAGGGAUCUUUGCAGCCACUCUUUCCUCUGCUCUGGCUUGCCUGGUGUCAGCUCCUAAAGUCUUUCAGUGUCUCUGCAAAGACAGGCUCUACCCCUUUAUUGGAUUCUUUGGAAAGGGUUAUGGGAAGAACAAUGAACCUAUCCGUGGCUACAUUUUGGCUUUCAUCAUUGCUAUUGGUUUUAUCCUCAUUGCUGAGUUAAACACCAUUGCUCCAAUCAUCUCAAACUUCUUCCUCUGCUCCUAUGCACUCAUCAACUUUAGCUGUUUCCAUGCAUCCAUCACAAAUUCACCAGGAUGGCGUCCAUCUUUCCGCUAUUACAGUAAAUGGACCGCCCUUUUUGGUGCUGUAGUGUCAGUGGUUAUUAUGUUUCUCCUGACUUGGUGGGCUGCUCUGAUUGCAGUGGGUAUCAUUGUAAUACUUCUGGGAUAUGUUACAUACAAGAAGCCAGAAGUGAACUGGGGAUCCUCAGUACAGGCUGGAGCUUACAACAUGGCACUGACCUACAGUGUAAGCCUCACAGGGGUGCAAGACCAUGUCAAGAACUUUAGGCCACAAUGUCUUGUACUCACUGGACCUCCAAACUUUCGUCCUGCGUUGGUUGACUUUGCCAGCUCCGUGACAAAGAACACAAGUUUAAUGAUCUGUGGCAAUGUUGUAACUACUGAUAAAGUGCCAGACUCAGAGGGACAUCUGCGAUGGCUAAACACCAGGAAAGUGAGAUCAUUCUACAGUGUAAUUCGUGAAAACACUUUGCGAAUUGGAGCCAAAAGUCUCAUGCAGGUUUCUGGUCUGGGUCGCUUAAAGCCAAACACUUUGGUGCUGGGCUAUAAGAAUAACUGGCAAACGGUGCCAGGGCAGUGCUUGGAGGAAUACGCUGGGGUCAUUCAUGAUGCGUUUGACGCUCAGUUCGGUGUAUGUGUUCUACACUUGAAGGAUGGCCUGGAUGUGUCACAGAAAAUGCAGGGACAAUGUAAGUGCAACAGUACAAUGUAUUUCAUGAAAUAUAUUUGCUACUAA